GCUGCACCGCAUGCAUACGCCCACGCCCACGCCCAUCCCGCAGGUGCCGCAGCGCCGCUGGCGCCUCAGAGUGCCCUUCGUGCAGCGCGAGGAGAAACUCCCCAAUCUCGUGUGGACAGGGUACGUCCCGGCCCCAGAGCACCGGGGCGCAUUCGACGCGUUGUGGCGCGCAUGUGUCGCGGCACUGGCGUAUCUUCUCGCGUUGUUCGGUCGGCGAACCGUGCAAGAAGUGGAUGACGACCACUUGGGAUCGGCGUCCAUCAACUCGCACCACGAGGAGACGCCCGUCGAGUGGAUCCGGACCCGCCGCGAGACACCUGAAUGGGUCCUUGUAACUUCUGCCUCGCCCGCCCACACUCAUUAGUCACGGCGCUGGUCGCCAUGUGUUACCAGGUGUUCCUGCCAUGUUAGUUCCUUC